AUGCCUAUAGUAAUCGAAUCAAGGGCGCUGCCUGAGCAAGCUCAAAUCAUUGACCAAAAGAGCUUCAAUGUCUUGGAGGUCGUCCCGCCUCCUUUGGAAUUCAAUGCCUCGUCGGAGUUUCUCUGGCCCGGCGUCACGCAUGAGUCUCUCACGGAGAAGCCCUUCCACAUCUACGACCCAGAAUUCUACGACAUCAUCGGCAGCGACCCAUCAUUGACGCUGAUUGCGACUUCGGAAACGGACCCAAUCUUCCACGAGGCAGUGGUGUGGUACCCUCCCACCGAAGAGGUCUUCUUCGUCCAGAACGCCGGACCCCCGGAAGCAGGCACCGGCCUGAAAAAGUCCUCCAUCGUGCAAAAGAUUGCCCUGGCCGACGCCGAGGCCCUGCGCAACGGAUCCCUGGGCACCAAGGAGGUCAAGGUCGUCACCGUGCCCUCGAACCCGCAGGUCAUCAACCCCAACGGUGGAACGAAUUACAAAGGUCAAAUCAUCUUUGCAGGUGAAGGCCAAGGCGACCGCGUCCCGUCGGCGCUCUACCUGAUGAACCCGGUUGAGCCAUACAACACCACAAUCCUCGUCAACAACUACUUUGGCCGCCAGUUCAACUCCCUCAACGACGUCGUCGUCAGCCGCCGCAACGGCGACAUUUACUUCACUGAUACGCAGUAUGGGUACUGGCAAUACUUCCGCCCCGCGCCGGGUCUGCCGAACCAGGUGUAUCGCCUGAACCCGACGACCGGUGCGUUGACUGUGGUCACUGACGAGUUUGUCUCGCCCAACGGCAUCACCCUCUCCCCGGACGGCACCUACGCCUACGUAACAGACACAGGCAUAGGCCAAGGCCUAUUCGGCACGAACUUCACCAAGCCAGCAACAGUCUACCGCUUCGACGUGAAAGAGGACGGCACCUGGGAAAACCGCAAAAUCUUUGCCCACACAUCCGCCCGUCUGCCCGACGGCGUCCACUGCGACUCCAAGGGCAACGUCUACGCCGGCUGCAACGACGGCGUCCACGUCUGGAACCCGUCCGGAAAGCUCAUUGGCAAAAUCUACACCGGCACCACGGCGGCGAAUUUCCAGUUUGCUGGUGAUGGGCGCAUGGUGAUUACGGGACAGACGAAGCUCUUUUAUGCUACUUUUGCGGCUUCGGGAGUUGCGCUCACGUAG